AUGAAGUUCACCCAAGCACUUGCCGCUGCCGUCCUCGGACUGGCUUCUGCGGUCCACGGCCACAUGGAGAUGAAGGACCCCCCUCCUUUCAAGUCAAAGUACAACCCCAACGCCGGCCAGGACAUUGACUACUCCAUGACCUCGCCCCUCGAGGCCUCUGGAUCCGACUUCCCCUGCAAGGGCUACCAGAGCCUCCUCGGCACCCCCGAGGGCAAGUCCGUGGCCACCUGGGCCCCCGGCGGCUCGUACGGCUUCACCAUCACCGGCUCCGCCAACCACGGAGGAGGCAGCUGCCAGGCGUCGCUCUCCUACGACCAGGGCAAGACCUGGAAGGUCAUCCACUCGUACAUUGGCGGCUGCCCGCCCCAGCAGGACUCCAACUGGAACUUCACCGUGCCCACCGACGCUCCCGCCGGCGAGGCCAUGUUCGCCUGGACCUGGUUCAACCAGAUCGGCAACCGCGAGAUGUACAUGAACUGCGCCGCCGUCACCAUCAGCGGCAGCAAGAAGCGCGCUGCCUCGGCUCCUCUGGCCGACCGUGCCUCGACUCCCCUGGCCGACCUUCCUGACAUCUUCGUCGCCAACGUCGGCAACGGCGUCUGCACGUACGAGGGCAAGGACGUCCUGUUCCCCAACCCAGGCCCGGAUGUCGACAACAAGAGCCAGGGCACCGCGCCUCCUGGACAGGGCACUUGCUCUGGAGCACCUCCGGCUGGCGUCAGCCAGCCUCAAGCUACUCAGCCUGCGGCGUCAGCGGCUCCCACUGCCCCUGGUGGUGUCUUCAUCACCCAUCCCGCCCCAACCUCGGCUCCAGCUCCGGCUGCCCCUACGACGGCUCCUCAGCCGACCACCAGCAGCCCGCCGGCCAACGGCUCUGCUCCCACUUCGAGCGCUGCAGGAUCGCCUUGCACUGAUGAGGGCCAGUGGAGCUGUGCGUCUGACGGAAAGUCAUUCCAGCGAUGUGCCUCUGGGGUGUGGUCCGCCGCCAUCCCCGUGGCUCAAGGCACUUCUUGCCAGCCUGGAACGAGCGACUCCCUGACUAUGGUCAACAAGAGGAGCUUCGUCCGACGGGGACGCUUUGUUCCUAAGCGAUUCCGGGGGGAGGAUGCCACUGCCUAGA